CUUUAUAAGUGUUCAUCUCAAGUAAACAGUGUUACAGAAGAGUAGAACUAAUUAUAUGUACUUAUUGUGUUUUUUAAUCAGCUACUUUUAACUGUCACAUCACCUGCGGAUUCUGUGUAAUCUGGCGAGUGCAAAUAUUGAAAAGUUAUUAAAGAUUGUAACUUCCACUUCAUUACAACUGAAUUAGAAUUCAGCAUCAAUAAUUGGAGAUUUAAAACAAUCGAUAUUUGUUCUUAGUUAUAAUGAUGCCUACAAUUUGGAAUGACUGUUAGUAUACAACAAACAUUCAUCUGAAUGAGAUCUUUUAAUUUUACAGUAAUUUUUGGAUUGUUGGUAUCGUUCGAUUUUCCAUAUGUGUUUUGACAGACACAGUAAUUUUCUUCAAUGGAUUUAAUCAAGACAUGGAAAUAUUAUUUACUCAUAAAAACAUUUACCAACACUUUACUAUAGUAUUGGUAUUAUUUAUUAUCAGAGGAAAAGCAGAGAGACAACAAUUGAUACCAAGUUUUAUUCCUGACAAAACCAAUCAUGUAGUAGUCAACAGAGGAGAUACAGCCAUACUUAGAUGCAAGAUCCUGAAUUUAGGUCCUAAAGCACCAGUUUGGCGAAAAGUUUCAGAAUUAUUUCCAUUAUCAGUUGGCAAAAUGAUGUAUGCUCCAAAUGAAGAAAUGAGUAUCGACUAUCAUGAAAAUGACCCAAUAACAACAAGUAUUAACUUGAUUAUAAAGCGAGCAAAUCCGUCUCAUUCUGGAACUUAUGAAUGCCAAAUAAGUGCUGCCGAAGUCUAUACAUAUCAUGUCAAUUUGACUGUCCUUAGACACCCAAUACCGGUGCAACCUUCAAUAAGACUAACAGGAACAAAGUACCUCAAUGCCUAUCAAAGAUUGAAUCUUACGUGUAAUGCGACUGGAACUUUACGUGCCCCUGAGGCAAUCGAUUGGUUUUUUGAUGGCAAUCUGAUAGAUGAAAAGGACAAAAAAUGGCGGAACAGGGUAGUCGUUUCAAAUUUUAUACCGGAAGAUUCGGGGAGAUCCUUUAUAAGUCAGUUAACGGUAGAAAGGGUACAGUUUGAUGAUGCUGGGAUAUAUGUUUGUAGAAGCUCAGCAACAAGUAUAAACACUGAUGUUGAAACAACGAGCAUCAAUGUGCAUGUUCUUGGUGGAGAUAACAUCACAAAGAUCAAAAGAGAAGGUGAUAAUACUCAAAAUGACCCUCAACAGCGAUCAGAAUCGAAAGCGUCAUCACGACUCAGGAGCGACUUUUACUUGAUACUAAUGGUUAUAUUUUCUAAAACACUGAGAUGACCAAAGGGUCUGUGAUAAACUUUUAGGUCGAAACGUGCCUUAUUACAAAAAUGGCAAAAAAGAAAUAAAAAAAGUUAACAACUAAAAAGAAAAGAUUGCGUGACACCAGUAACCGUAUAAGUUGGACAACCUGUUUUAACGGAUCUUCCCGAGAAACAGUCUAGUAAAGGGAAUGACUAAUGUAUGUCUCAUCUUCCAGUCAACUGUUAUAUCCAUUUUUUUUGUUACCAAUGGGAAGGAACCAACAUAUCAAAUAACAUGCUGAAAGCUAGAAAAUAAAUGGCGCCAAUGAUCCAUGUGGUUUUGGUUAGCCAAUCGGAUUGUUUACUGCACAAAUUGACAAACUAAAUACGCGUUCAAUUAACAACGAUAGCGAUACUAUGUGAAAGCAGUGGAGACAUGUUAUUGAAAUGUAUAUAUGUUAUCUAAUAUCUAGUUAUGGAAUUAUCUUUUAUCUGUGUAUCAUAAAGAUCUUUCCAUUUUGUACAUAACGUGUUUGUCAUACUACCAUUAAUUACAUAUACAAAAAUAAAGUACAAAAUUUCCGACCUGCAAGAAAAAUUUCAUACAGAAAGUCCUUUAUAAAAUUGCAAAUUCAAAAAGUUAAAACCCAUUUCACUAAUGGAAGACAACUGUUAUAUCCCAGACUUGAAACACAUAUUUCCUUAAGUAGAAAAUGGUUGAUAAAACCUGGUUUUAUAGAUAGCUAAACCUCUGAAUUCUCUUAAAUUGACCUCAAUGUGUGAACAAAACACACAGAUCUGAUAGGUUAAACAUACAACAUUGGGGUACAUAAUGGUAGUAUAACGCUGUUGGAAAGUUAUAAAUCGAUUGAGAGAAAACAAAUACAAUCAUGACAAUAGCUAUAAAAAUCAAACAACCGUUUCAGCAAAGAAACUAGAAAUAGUAAUUAACAAAGUUUAACUCUAAAAAUACAAGACAUCAAUUCUCAACUGACUAUAGCACAAUAACACAAAAGUGGGAUGAAAAUUACAUAAAAUUUAUACUUCAAGACCAUCAUGUAUAAUUUGUAGAUACGAACUAUUCAUCAACAAAAUUUUGGUAUCUUCAAAUACACUUUUUUAGAAAAGCAUAUAAAAUCACGUUCGAGAUGCAAAAUAAACUCGACUAUAUCCUGUCAUGUUAAUGGAAUGAUGGAAAUUAAAAGCUCAUUUUUCAAAUACUUAUAUUUAGAAUGUUACACAAUGUUGUUUUCAAAACAACUCUGUAACAUUUAUCAAUUUUACUGAAUUAAGACUGUCUGCGUUGAAAACCAUAAACACUUUACUUCUUAUAAUCAAGAUCAUUAGGACUACUAGCAUCUGAUAUAACAUUUCAGUUUAAUUUGUACAAAAACAAAUGUGCCAUAUACAUACUAUUUUGAGUUCUUGAUUGUUUUAAUUUGAAGUCAAUGUAUAUGUAAUUGUUUCAUG